CCGCAUCCUCUCCACCUGUUACCUUUCUUCUUUCCGUCUUCCUCCUUCCUUUUCCUUUCCCCUUCCCUUCUCCUCACCUUCUUCCACCCUUCUCAUGGCUUCUCUUGUGGUACCUUCUCCUCAAAAGUCUCAGCUAAUGCCCAAUUUUCCCCCUUUUUUCCGAAAAGUAAGUGAGAAAGAGAGAGAGGGAGACUCCUAGAGAUCAGUGAGAUAGUUGCUUUUUUUUUCCCCAUCAUCUUAGUUCGUGCAGAGUUCUCUGGUGUCAAAGGCUCUAUAUCUCUAUCUUCUCUCCCCUCUUUCUUUCUAUGCCUAGUAAAUAUACUGGACACCAAAGCGUAGUGUCAUCUCGCUUCUUCUCAACAUGCAAGCCUCCCGUUAGCCCUACGCACGAAACGAAGCCCAUCCGAAAGGAAGAGAAGACCAAGAAGAGAAACAAAGAUAGAGAUAUACGGAGAGAGAACGGAAGGGGGAGUAGAAUUAGGGUUUGGUAGAGAGAAAUAUGCCUACAGGUAUCAUGAUUCCGGCAAGACACGUGCCUUCAAUGAUCGGGAGGAACGCCGGUGCCGGCUUCGGGUCCUCAUCAGCUCUGUCCCUUGGUCAGCCAAAUAUUCUGGAGGGGCAGCAACUCCCCCUCCAACACCAGCACCAACAACCGAAUCAGCUUUUUGAGAUCCCGCAGACGACCACGGCCGAGAGCGAGAUGGUAAGGACUCGCGAAGAGGAGUUCGAGAGCAAAUCGGGGAGUGAGAAUAUCGAGGGGGCCUCCGGUGAUGACCAGGAUGCCAACCAGCGGCCGCGAAAGAAGCGCUACCACCGCCAUACCCAGCAUCAGAUCCAAGAGAUGGAGAAUUUCUUCAAGACAUGCCCCCACCCUGAUGACAAGCAGCGAAAGGAGCUGAGCCGAGAGCUUGGGUUGGAGCCCCUGCAAGUCAAGUUCUGGUUCCAAAACAAGCGCACCCAAAUGAAGACUCAGCAGGAGAGGCAUGAGAACACUCAACUAAGGGCCGAGAAUGAGAAGCUCAGGGCUGAGAACUUGAGGUACAAAGAAGCCCUUAGCAAUGCCUCAUGCCCCAACUGUGGUGGCCCUGCUGCCCUUGGGGAGAUGUCCUUUGAUGAACACCACCUGAGGAUUGAGAAUGCUCGGUUAAGGGAGGAGAUUGAUCGGAUAUCUGGAAUAGCUGCAAAGUAUGUUGGGAAGCCAAUGGUGUCAUACCCACUGCUCUCUUCUCCAUUAGCUUCUCGCUCACCAAUGGAUCUUGGGGUGAGCGGGGGGUUUGGGGUCCAACCAGGCAUUGGAGGUGAAAUGUUUGGAGCUGGGGAGCUACUGAGGACUGUUUCGGGACAGCUCGAGAUCGAGAAGCCAGUGGUUAUCGAGCUUGCAGUGGCUGCAAUGGAGGAGCUCAUUCGAAUGGCACAGCUUGGUGAGCCACUUUGGACGCCGGAUCUCGAUAGCUCAACUGAGACUCUAAAUGAAGAGGAAUAUGUUAGGACAUUCCCGAGAGGUAUUGGUCCUAAACCAUUUGGAUUGAAGUCAGAGGCCUCUCGUGACACUGCUGUGGUAAUCAUGAAUCACAUCAAUCUCCUUGAGAUGCUUAUGGAUGUGAAUCAAUGGUCCAUGGUGUUUUCUAGCAUCGUGUCAAGAGCUGUAACUUUGGAAGUGCUGUCAACAGGAGUAGCAGGAAACUAUAAUGGAGCUCUGCAAGUGAUGUCAGCGGAAUUCCAAGUACCAUCUCCACUGGUUCCAACUCGUGAGAGUUUAUUCGUGAGGUAUUGCAAGCAGCAUGCUGAAGGAACCUGGGCAGUAGUUGAUGUUUCCUUGGACAGCUUACGUCCAAGUCCCGCAUUGAGAUGUCGAAGAAGGCCAUCAGGCUGCUUAAUUCAAGAAAUGCCGAAUGGUUACUCAAAGGUGAUUUGGGUGGAACAUGUUGAAGUAGAUGACCGGUCUGUUCACAAUAUAUACAAACCUUUGGUCAACUCAGGCCUAGCAUUUGGUGCUAAACGGUGGGUCAGUACUUUGGAUCGACAGUGUGAGCGCCUGGCAAGUGUAAUGGCUAGUAACAUCCCCUCCGGGGACAUUGGUGUGAUAACUACUCCAGAAGGGAGGAAGAGCAUGUUGAAGCUAGCUGAGAGGAUGGUUAUAAGCUUUUGUGGUGGUGUGACUGCCUCAACUACACAUCAGUGGACUACUUUAUCCGGUAGUGGUGCAGAGGAUGUAAGAGUCAUGACAAGAAAGAGCGUUGACGAUCCCGGCAGGCCACCUGGUAUUGUCCUCAAUGCUGCCACUUCCUUCUGGCUUCCUGUCCCACCGAAGAGGGUCUUCGAUUUCCUCCGUAAUGAGAGCUCUCGCAGUGAGUGGGAUAUCCUCUCCAAUGGUGGUGUAGUUCAGGAAAUGGCUCACAUCGCCAAUGGCCGAGAUCACGGCAACUGCGUCUCUCUCCUCCGCGUCAAUAGCGCAAACUCGAACCAGAGCAACAUGUUGAUACUACAAGAGAGCUGCACUGAUCCAACGGGCUCCUAUGUGAUCUAUGCUCCAGUGGAUAUGGUUGCUAUGAAUGUGGUUCUAAGUGGCGGUGACCCUGACUAUGUUGCACUUCUGCCAUCCGGCUUUGCCAUCCUCCCUGAUGGUCCUACUGGGAUGCCAGGUGGGGGCGUAGGGGAGGUUGGUUCUGGUGGAUCACUCCUGACUGUUGCGUUCCAAAUCCUCGUCGACUCGGUCCCAACUGCCAAACUCUCACUUGGGUCGGUAGCGACGGUUAACAGCCUCAUUGCCUGUACUGUUGAAAGAAUCAAAGCUGCGGUGUCGGGUGAAAGUGCCCAGUAAACCUAAAGACUAUAAAUAUAAAGGUGGACAGGAGAAGGAGAGGACUUUGGAGCUUUAUUUGUGGCAAGUCAAGAACGCACCUCAGACUCUCCUUGCCAUGUGGUGUUGGUUUGUUUGUUGGUCAAUUCAAUUACAAGCACUCCCCCACCACCACUACGCAAGGGGGGUUGGUUCGGGUAUUGACUUUCCCUUGGUUGACAACUAGUACCUCUCUCGGUUUUGCAACACUUCUCUUUGUAAUUCUCUCUCUUCAAGUAUUUUCCUACCCUUUGUGGACAAACAUGAUACAUUUUGUGCUUUGUGUCACUUUCGUCAUCCAAUUUCAUCCCUUUGUUGUGUUGGUGACUGUAGUCGAAUUAAAUGCCUAAUCCACCAAGUGACUUUGCUUCCCCUUUUAUUUUUAA